GCUCGGCCUGCUCGUCGGCGCCGCGCGCGUCGCGGCGGCGGGAGUCUCGUGCUUCUCUCUCGCGGCGGCGGUAAUUUCCCGCUUCCGUUGCUGACCGAUUCCGAUCCCCCGUCUCUUGCUGAUGAACCAGGGCACGCGAUGGCGGACAAAGGGGAAGAGGAGGAGGCCGGAGCGGCGGGCGCGGCGCCCACGGUGGUCGGGCUGGCGCUCGGCCGCCCCAAAUCCAGCGCCCGCGUCCUCCGGUGGGCGCUCGGCAACUUCACCAGGGACGGCGCCCCUCCCGCCUUCUUCAAGCUCAUCCACGUCCUCACCCCGGUCCGGGCCGUGCCAACGCCAAUGGGGAACCUCCUCCCGAUUGACGAGGCCAGCACCAUCGUCGCCGAGGGCCAUCUCGAGAAACUGUGGAUCGAGAAGCAGGAAAUGCUGCGCCGCUGCAAGGACAUAUGUGAUGAAAACAAGGUUGAAGCUCAAGUACUGCUUGUUGAGGGUAAGGAUCUCGCGGAUACCAUUUCCAGUCUUGUUUCUGAGUACCAGAUACGGUUCCUCGUUGUCGGUAACGGUAACCCUUCCAGCAAGAGCCCAUUCACUAGGAGGUCCGGUGCAAGUAGGACGACCACCAAAAUUUGCAAGUGUCUCCCCAGCUUUUGCACAGGAUAUGUUAUUUCAAAGGAUGGAUUGUCUUCAGUUCAUAUUCCUGAAUCAGAAAGUGGCUUGCCCUCUGGCUCUCUAGUACCAAAAGGCAACUCCGGGGGCUCCAGCACCGAAGAAUCUACAGAUGGAACGUCCUCAAGAUCAGAUUUGGAUGGCAGUUCAGGGCAGGGCCUGCCUGGUCUUCCAAACCUGCCACGCUCCACCUUGGAAUCAGAGAACCUCGAAAGUAGUUCACCUGUUCGAGGUUAUACUCUGAACGAUUAUCUCACUGGAAAGGUGCCAGUAUAUGCCAACAAGGACAGAGGAAUUGGUUCGGACAAGGUGCCAACAAAAGAAAUUUCACUGCAGGAAUUAAUGCUUUCAGAUAACAAGCAUGAUGUCAGUAGAGAGCUUGAAAAGCUGAAGCUUAAGUCUGUUGAUGCAUCUCUUCAGGUGAAUGAGUUAGCUGCGAGACGCGUGGAAGUGGAAGCUCAGUUAAGUCAGAUCCAGGCCAGGGUGGAUAAUGCUACAGCAUCAUUCUCAGAGUUCACUUGGGAAGAGAUUGAUAAUGCAAGGUCAUGCAAGAUCGGAAUUGGGUCUAAUGGAACGGUAUACAAGGGCCAUAUCAAUCACUUGGAUGUAGCGAUAAAGGUCCUUCAUUCUAAUGAUAGCACCAGUACCAAGCAUUUCAACCAAGAGCUUGAGAUUCUGAGCAGAAUACGCCACCCACACUUGCUGAUGCUCCUGGGAGCCUGUCCGGACAAGGGCUGCUUGGUGUAUGAGUACAUGGAGAAUGGCAGCCUUGCGGAUCGUCUGCGGUGCAGAGAGGGCACACCGCCGAUCCCAUGGUUUGAUCGCUUCCGCAUUGCCUGGGAAAUUGGGACAGCCCUCGCGUUCCUGCACAGCGCAAAGCCCAGCCCAAUCAUCCACCGUGACCUCAAGCCUGAAAACGUCCUCCUCGACCGCAACCUGGUGAGCAAGAUUGGCGACGUGGGCCUGUCAACCCUGAUGCCACCCAGGGAGACCCUGUCGAACCGCACCAUGUACAAGAACACCGGUCUGGCGGGCACGCUGUUUUACCUGGACCCGGAGUACCAGAGGAGCGGGCAGGUGUCGGUCAAGUCGGACACGUACGCGCUUGGCAUGGUGAUCCUUGAGCUGCUGACGGCAAGGACGCCGAUCGGGCUACCUGAGGUGGUGGAGCAAGCAGUGGAAGACGGCCAGAUCACUCAUCUCCUGGAUGAGAGUGCAGGGGACUGGCCCGAGAAGGAAGCGCUUGAACUUGCUCAGCUGGGCCUAGACUGUUUGGAGAUGCGGAGCAAGGACCGGCCUGACCUCAAGAGCGUGGUGCUGGCGGAGCUGCUACGGCUGAAGCGUAUCGCAGACGGCGUGUCGGGGGUGGCGCUGGCGCAGGUGGUGCCGGGCUCGCCAGGGACACCCAGCCACUUCAUGUGCCCAAUACUCAAGACGCUGAUGUAUGACCCGUGCAUCGCGUCGGACGGGUACUCGUACGAGCGCAGCGCGAUGGAGAUGUGGCUGCGCGACAAGGACGUGUCGCCGGUGACCAAGGCGCGGCUGCAUGACAAGACGCUGCGGCCUGACCUGUGUCUCAGGAGCGCCAUCAUCAGCUGGUUGUCCCAGGGGGGGAGGCCUGUGAUGGACUGAGCGAGGCUUAUGGUGGUAAAUACAUACAUUAGCUAGUCUGACAGAAGAAAGUGGUGCACAUAUCAUCGGGGCUUGGUUGGGUUGGGUUGGGAGAGAAUGCUGGUGGCAUUUGGUACAGAGAGUGGAGCUGUUUUUGCGUGUCUGUUGUCGUGGUGUCAGCUGCUUCCGCAUAACGCGAAGGAGCAAUUUUUGCAACGAUGGUGUUGGUUAGGUAAGUAGUGGAGAUGUCCAGGAGAGGAGAGGAGAGGAGAGGAGAGGAAACCCUGAGUUGAGUUGAGUUGGUAUAAAAUAGAAUACGGAAAAUUUUGGUUGGAUUUGGAAGGAUGCCGAGGUUAUAUAUAUGGCAUUGAAACUUGUUGGAGGAUA